AUGUCUUCACCGAUGGAUUUCGAGCAAAACUGUUGCGAAAGCCGAAUGUAUUCAAUGCCCACCUCUUCCAUGGCAUCCAUGGUCUCGAUGGCCACCACCUCCUCCUCUGUCUCUCAAUCGUUGAUGUCUUUGCCGUCGAGUAGUUCUCACUGCCAUUACGAUAGUCUGUGUUCGACCUCUACUUCCGGGUCUAACCGACUGUUCAAUGCGUUUGACAAUCGGUUGGACCAUAACUUUGAGACAAAACCGGACACCGAUUUGAUUGGUGUACCGAAUGAUUACCACUACAAGAGUGAAGAACAGCACGAGUUUUGUCCCAAAAUGAAAUCAAUUCGACAAAAGACUCACGAAAUGAAGAGAAAACAUAUGUCUAAAGACAUGGCAGGGGAACGACUGUUGAGAAGAGCCGCCAAUUCUAAUGACUUGGAAUGCGUUGAAAGGCUUCUCAACGAAGGAAUAGAUCCGCAAUCGUGUGACGAGAGGAGCCGAACAGCACUU